GUCACGAUAAACACCACCUCUAUUUCUGGCAUCGGCAAUUAUUUCCCUAAGUUUAUUAUUUUUUGUUGCCCGAAUUGCUUGUGUUUGCGCUGUUCGCCUUAGAAACCAAAAUGUGCUGAUCAAUCCGGCAUUUGGAGAAUUGGUUGCGGAUUUCGAUUUGGAUACCAAUCCCAGUUUCCCAGUCGCGUCCGCUGCUAUGUGUCUGUGUGAGUGCCCCUGUCCGUGCAUUUGUGUGUGUGAGUGAGAUCGGGAAGAAAUUGUUGUUGUUGCUGCCGUUGGAAUUGCCGUUGCCAUCGCUUGUUGUUUGUGCAUUUUCCAUUGUCAAGCAAGGCAACGCAACAUAAAAAAUUAGAAAAGAAAAGCAACAACAAAAAAGGGCGGUAAAAGGGCAGAAAUUUGGAGCACGGGAAAUCCGAGUCGUUGAAGAUGUUCUCGAAGAAGAAAAAGAAACCACUGAUCUCGAUGCCCAGCAAUUUUGAGCAUCGUGUGCACACAGGCUUCGAUAAGCGGGAGAACAAAUACGUUGGCCUUCCCCUCCAAUGGGCUUCCAUUGUAGGAAACAACCAGAUCCUUAAGUCCUCGAACCGCCCGCUGCCACUGGUCGAUCCCUCGGAGAUUACACCCACCGAGAUACUGGAUCUUAAAACCAUUGUCCGACCGCAUCAUAACAACAACAAGGCGGACACUACAUCGUUAAAUAGCAGCAGUACAAUGAUGAUGGGCGGCUCCAUGACACCGAUGAAUACAAUGGCACCCGGGUCGCAUCCAAUGAUGAACCAUGGCACUGGCAUGAUGUUGCCACCGGAGACGGGUGGCAUAAUCCUGCCCAAGACUUCGCAUGUGGCCAGAUCCAACUCCCUGAGAAGCUCAAGUCCGCCGCGAGUUCGCCGAGUGGCGAAUGUACCUCCAGCGGUGCCUGAGGAGGAGGGUCCAACGGCAGCAGGUCCGCCAGGAGGUGGCGGUAGUUUGUUCAAGCCACCCGGAGCCCAUCCUUCCCUGCUCUAUAACAGUCAGCAUGCGCACGCCAAUGGAGCAACAGGACCGCUGGCAGUGCGCACAGAUCAGACCAACCUGCAGCAGUAUCGCAGCAAUCUGGCACCGCCAUCCGGUGGCUCCAUACCCCAGCAACAGCAAACUUCGCCAGUGGGUUCGGUGGCCAGUGGCUCGCGAUCCAAUCAUUCGCACACGAACAAUGGCAAUAGCGGCGGCAGCUAUCCUCCCAUGUAUCCCACAAAUCAUCAUCAACAGCAACAGCAGCAGCAGGCCAAACAGGGUGGCGAUCAAAACCAAAACCCCUUACAUCCACAUGCCCAUCCGCAUCCGCAUCCUCAUCAACAUCUGGCUAAGUCGGCAUCAAGGGCCUCCAGUUCUAGCGGAGGUGCCAGCAGUGCUGCCCAACAGCCUGGAGGAGCCGCUGGAGCGGCAGGUCAGCCAAAGCAAGACCAGCGCCUAACUCACGAACAGUUCCGUGCCGCCCUUCAAAUGGUUGUUUCUGCCGGAGAUCCCCGCGAAAACCUCGACCAUUUCAACAAAAUAGGCGAAGGCUCCACGGGCACCGUUUGCAUUGCUACAGAUAAAUCGACAGGUCGCCAGGUGGCCGUGAAGAAAAUGGACCUGCGCAAACAGCAGCGGCGUGAACUGCUCUUCAAUGAGGUGGUCAUCAUGCGGGACUACCACCAUCCCAACAUCGUGGAGACGUACUCCAGCUUUCUGGUCAACGACGAGCUAUGGGUGGUGAUGGAGUACCUUGAGGGCGGCGCCCUCACCGACAUUGUCACCCAUUCGCGGAUGGACGAGGAGCAGAUAGCCACCGUCUGCAAGCAGUGCUUGAAGGCUUUGGCCUAUUUGCACUCACAGGGCGUCAUUCAUCGUGACAUCAAAUCAGACUCUAUACUCCUGGCCGCUGAUGGACGAGUAAAACUGUCGGACUUUGGAUUCUGUGCCCAGGUAUCCCAGGAGCUACCCAAGCGCAAGAGUUUGGUUGGCACGCCGUAUUGGAUGUCGCCGGAGGUCAUUUCGCGUCUGCCAUAUGGUCCGGAGGUGGAUAUCUGGUCACUUGGCAUCAUGGUCAUCGAAAUGGUGGACGGUGAACCGCCAUUCUUCAACGAGCCACCGCUGCAGGCGAUGCGCCGCAUUCGUGACAUGCAGCCACCUAAUCUGAAGAAUGCCCACAAGGUCUCGCCGCGUCUACAGUCCUUCCUUGAUCGAAUGCUGGUGCGGGAUCCGGCGCAAAGGGCCACGGCAGCCGAAUUGCUGGCCCAUCCAUUCCUGCGGCAGGCGGGACCACCGUCGCUACUGGUGCCGUUGAUGCGCAAUGCGCGACACCAUCCGUAGAUGGAACUAUCCAGCCAGAGGACUCAACCACUAACCAGGCUGAUUGAAACCAAUACCCCCCCACAAGACAACGGUCCCCGACCCGUGGGCAUCCAUCUAUCAAAUUCUAGUAUUAACAUUCAGUUUGGCAACUGUACUUAUAUACCCGAAAAUCCCUCGAAACGUUGUAAAGUCAUUUAAGCCAGCACACCCACAUAUUUUAGCCAAGCGACACUAUUUCUAUAUCACACUACUACAGCUAUCGUUCCCGAAGAGAACGCAAUGUGCCUUUCAUUCGCCUCAAAAAUCCAAAAAAAAAAAAAAAAAAAAACAAAACAUAUCCAUAAUACGGAUUGAAAUCGAUAUAGCAUUUAUCUGUCCCGAGGAUCGUAAUAUAUCGAUCCUUAAAACACAUUUAUAUAUAUAUAUAUGUAAUAAUUUCUGCAUUUUGCUCUCUCUUCUUGUCAAUGUUAAUUUGUGUGCGUGUGUGCAUGUGUUUGAUUUUUUUUAACAAACAUUUUAAACAUUGUUCGAAUAUAUAUAAGCUAAGAGAUAAUGUUAAAAAUCGAUAUAUAUAUAUAUAUACACAUAUAUUUUUUAUAAAAACAAAACAACUUAAACCUAAGCAAAGUGAAACAACGAAGGUGUGAAUCGAAAAGAGACAGAACCGUGAACACGGAAAACGAGAGAGAAAGAGAUACAUAGAUAGGUUGAGAAGAAUAUUAAAUUUUGGACAUAUAUAUAUAUAUAUAUAUAUAUAUAUAUACGUUAAUGCAUCUGAUACAUAACCGUGCGAAAUGUUCACACACUCCCGACAUACAUUAUAUAUUUAAAGACAUUCCCGAUUUCGAAAAUAUUUUAAAUCUUUUAGCUUACAUUCUUUGUUCUGUUUU